AUGAUCAGUCAGUCACAGCUGGACUUCAUUCGCGAAAAAGUGUACUGCCAGGAACAACCGUGGGCGGAUGCCUACAACGCGUUGCUCAAUGGCGAAAACAUCGCCUACCCAAAGGAGCCAUCUCCACCACCGAUUGUCGUGUGUGGCCCGUACUCCAUCCCCGACGUAGGAUGCGAGGCAGAACGAAACGAUUCAAUUUCUGCGUACGGUAACGCACUUGCAUGGGCAAUCAGUGGCGAGUACGGGUACGCACAACAAGCCAUCAAAAUCAUGGAUGCGUACUCUUCCACUAUUCAAGGCCAUAACGACACCAAUGCACGCCUUCAAUCCGGUUGGGUUGGCUCUGUCUGGGCUAGAGCUGGAGAAAUUAUCCGGUAUACAGGUGCCGGGUGGUCUUCUGAUAGCAUUAGCCAGUUCGGAGACAUGCUGCGGAAUGUGUACAUGCCCUUGACAGUCAAUGGUACUGAUCACAAUGUGUCAAACUGGGAGCUAGUCAUGACUGAAGCUGCGAUUUUCAUGGCAGUCUUCCUCGAGGACGCCGACGCCUACAACACCGCCAUGGGGUGGCAUUUGAAACGAAUUCCUGCCACGGUCUACAUGACUUCCGAUGGGCCAUACCCAGUCGCAGCCCGCGGCCAAAGUUCGUCGCCAGAUGCCAUCGUUGCCUGGUGGUUCAACGAGACCACAUUCAUAGAAGAUGGCCAGGCAGAGGAGACAUGUCGUGAUCUCACACACACCGGAUAUUCAUUUGCCUCUAUGGCGCAUGUUGCUGAGACCUCGCGAAUUCAGGGCUUCGAUCUCUACGAGACGGAUGUGGGAACACGACUGAGAUACGGACUGGAAUUUCACUCCCAAUUUGUCAACGGGGAGCCAGUGCCGUCGUGGCUUUGCGGUGGAGAGUUGAAACUCACCCUAGGUCCCAUUACUGAAGUUGGCUACAAUGCUUUGUCCUUCAGGAUGGGUUUUGACAUGCCGGAGACUGGAUUUCUGACGGAAAUUCAACGGCCUGCUCAGGAUAAUGGUCUAUUUGUGGCCUAUGAAACGUUGACACAUGCCCGGAAUGAUGCAUGA